CAGUGGCAGUGGCCCCGCGGAGCGCGUGCGAGUGGCUGCCACCUGCAUCGUCACCGUGUCAGUGUGUCUUGUCCCGCAGAGGCACUGGCGACGCACCCGCGCCCGCGCCCGCCGCCGCCUAGAGCGCUCCGCUGCUGGCGCGUAUAAAGCGGACACACUGCGAACACUCGCACACAGUUACGGCCCAGACAUCACUUUCUGUGCACUCACGAGCCACGCGUCCUAACACUUUAUAAAUAUUCGUAACAUUUCAUCUACAAGCAGUGACAACAGUGUACCUACCGGCUGUAAUAAUGACUGAACAGGAAUGGGGAUACACAUGUGAAAACGGACCUGCAACAUGGACAGAGAAGUUCCCAGAAGCAAGAGGAGCUCGCCAAAGCCCCGUGGACAUUGAUACCUCCCGAGCCCGAAACGGCCGUAGCGCCCCGCCCCUACUAUGGCGGUACUCAGUUAAUCAUACACGGUCCGUUGUCAAUCCAGGAUAUUGUUGGCGGGUGGAUGAAAAUGGUUACGAUUCAGAUUUACGUGGCGGUCCUCUCGGAUCUGAUGUCUAUAAACUGGAGCAGUGGCAUUGCCAUUGGGGUGCAGUGAACGGCGAGGGUUCUGAGCACACAGUGGACGGCCGCUCCUUCUCUGGUGAACUCCAUCUUGUGCACUGGAACACCACCAAGUACCACAGUUUCACUGAAGCUGCUGGUCAGCCCGAUGGACUAGCAGUCUUGGGAGUACUACUAAUGGUUGGAAGAAAACACAAUGAAUUGGACAAAGUGAUAAAGCUGUUGCCGUACAUUCAGCAUAAGGGAGAUAAAGUGACGAUGUCCGAUCCGCUGGAUCCGGCGAAGUUGCUGCCACACCGCGCCGCGUACUGGACCUACCCUGGCUCGCUUACCACGCCGCCUUGCACCGAAUCUGUCACAUGGAUACUCUUUAAGGACCCCGUUGAAGUAUCUGCUGAACAGUUGUCACUAAUGAGGAAACUGAGGUGUGGCGAAGCAUCAUGCGGUGUGGAGGCCAUGGAACUGCUCCACAACUACCGGCCGACGCUGCCGCUCGGCAACCGAGAGCUGAGAGACUAUGGAAUCAACUAAUGUGAGGACACCAGCCUAUCUAAAGACCAUUAGUGAACGUGGACUUUGCUUCAGCAUCACACUGAUACUAUUAUAAACACGAAAUGUACGUGCGACUUCUAAAGUUGCACAACAAAAUGUGACAUUAAUCAUUAUUUAGUCCCCGCAUGUAGGCGUGUGCGUUGUGUGCUUGCGUGAUCUAUGAGAAGGUACUUACAGUUUGUAAUGAUGAUGAUAACGACUAAUCAUCUAUCAAAUGAGUAUUUUAGUCCCUAUUGUAAUAUAUGAAAACCCAUUUUUUUAUAUUCUUAUGGAUGAUAAAGAAAACUAAAUUAAAAAAAAAUCUGGUUUUCUCUAUGUUAUCAUCUACUUGCAU